CUCACAUGUCGUCUGCGCCAUCUGAAAUGUGACAAAUCUGGUUCGAAAUGUAUCCGUUGUCAACGCUCUGGUCGCGAAUGUGUGCCGGCCCCCGGCAAAUCCGAAGAAGUGUCUUUCCGGCACGGCCAGAAUCCAUCCUUGCGAGGAAAAGGGCCCCCGAGAUAUGGCGAGAGUGAUCUUGCUUUUCCCGACGACCAGAUUUGGGUUGACAUCUCUUCCGACUUCGACUUCAAGGAUGAAACGGAUCAGACGGCAGCUGAAUACUAUGUUGUACCUGUGACAAGGCCGGCGUCGGCUUCAAGAUCAUCGUCUGAACAUUUGACGCCUUCAUCGACAAUGGAUUCUUCUUUGACACCAAGCCUCGUCACUCCUGCUUACGUCGCGGGAUCUCAAUUGGGUUCUAGAUCGAAUUCAGAGAGUUCGCCGCGUGCACCUACCACGCCUACUGGCCAGCCGAGGUUAUCCAACCUCACCGAAGCCUUUCUGCUGCGACAUUUUCAAAAAUACCUUGCCCCCUGGCUCGACGCAUUCAAUCCUGAACGACACUUCUCAACCGACGUCAUUGAACGUGCGACUCAAUCUCCAUUACUAUUAUAUGCAUGUCUCGCAGUCUCAGCAUGUCACUUAUCCCGAACAACAAACUCCAUCGCCGGCGACGUCGCACAUGGAUACCAUGAGCGCUGUAUCUCAAUCAUGCUCCCGGUGCUCGACAAGCCCCAGUUCGAAAUCGGAAUCGAAAUCCUCCUCUCGUCAACAGUCAUUCUACGAUUUUUCGAAUCAAUCUCAUGUGCGUGGGCCAUCAAUUCACCGACGCAAAAUAAUUACCCCGGGCUAAUACACCCAACAGCCCACAGUCCCCCAAACGACCAACAACACCAUCUCCUGGCCGGUUCGGUUUAUGUCAGCUCCCACGUAGACUCCGCUAUCACGGGCGGACUGGCAUCGGCUUCGUUCUGGGCCUAUGUCAUUCAAGACAUUCAAUUCGCGCUUACCUACCAGAAAUGCCUUCGACUAUCAUUCGCGCCAUUCGAUGACCGCCUGCGACGCUGGUGGAUCGCCAAGCCGGCCUUGAGCGACGGCGACUGGACAAACCAGGCUAUCUGGCUUUUGGCCGAGACCAUCGAUUUCUGUUAUAAUAUCCCAGGCCGAAGCCAUGAUGGUAGCCUCGGGAGUGCCGGGGAGACUGCGCUCAGGCGUCGCAUUCUUGAGUGGGAGCUUGGCCGGCCCGAUACGUUUGUGCCGUUGCAUAUUUCGCCACCGGAUCCUGGGAAUGGGAAACCUUUUCCCGUUGCUUGGUAUACGAGCUUGUGGCAUGCCACUGCAAUCCAGCACAUCUGUCUCGCUAAAUCGCUGAUGCUCAUUCGAGAACUCGAAUUUUAUGAUCGCAGCAUGUUGCAUUUAGAGCAUCCUGUUAAAUUAAGGAAUGAUCUCGCCAGAACACUUAACUUUAUGUUCGGCAUCGCGACCUCUGCCGACGAUGAUCCUUCACUGCGUAUCACGGCUUGCCACGCACUUUUCGCUUGCGGUUCAUGGGUGGAAGAUCCUGUUGUCCAGAAUUUGCUGAUUGAUCUCCUUCGCCGAACGGAAAGGGAGAACGGCUGGCCGUGGGGAUAUGUGCACAACCAAGUCGUGCAAGCGUGGAGACGGAUGUAG